AUGAUGGAGGCUCCAACGGGGCUGAGACACGAUGGUGAUGGCAUGGAGGUUGGCGGAGAUGAAGUUUUGAUGGUGGAUUUGAUUUUGGUGGGGAAGGGGAAUGGCAUGAAGGGUGUUGAUCGGCUUGAUGGAAGAGACUUUGAAGAGCAGACCAAGGAGCACAUUGGGGAGUAUGCUGAUGUUGGCUUGAGGACUUUGGUUCUUGCAUAUCGUGAACUUGAUGAGGAAGAAUAUGAUGACUCAGAUUGCGAGGAAAUGACUGAGGAAGUAGCAGAAAAGAUUGAGAGGGAUUUGAUUCUUCUUAGUGCUAUAGCUGUUGAGGACAAACUUCAGAAUGAGGCCGUUUGGAGUCUCAUCAUUAAAAUAUGGGUUUUGACAGGAGAUAAGAUGGACACAGCUGGCGGUGAAGGAAAGGUGGACGGCAGUACAUUUUUGGGAGAGAAGAUUUGGUUUGUAAUGGGGAUGAACUACGCUAGCUUCUCAGAGGUUUACAUGGAAACAGCUCAUGUUGACAAGUUCAAGACCAUGGAAGAAGUGAAGGAUUUUAAGGAGAGAUUUCGGGCGAGUAGUGUGCAAUUACAAGACAAUGAGUGCAGCAAGAUUGUUCAGGUAUUUCUGAAAUUUGUUUUACACCACCUUGUAAGCAAGCUGAUUCACAGUUACGCAACUUUCUUGGAGAUGGCAAGAAUGAGAGUUGGAGAUGAUUAUGCUGUAGAGAGUGAGAAUAUAUGCCUUGAGGAAGCUAAUAUUGUCAGAACAAAGUGGAAAAAGCUUGAGGCCUUCUUACUUGGAGACGGAGAAAGAUUAGGUCUGCAUUUCGGACUGUUGAAGGGAGAGUUCAUGGUCACUGUAAAAAGAUGGAAAAUGUAUCUGCAGCAAUUGAAUGAUUAUAUGAUUGUGCAAUAG